UAAGUGGACCGCACCCUUCAUAAUUCAAUGACUCAUAGCGCAUAGGUUAUGGAACAUUCUGGAACAAAUACUGAGUUAAAUGUUAAUCGUGUUAAAUUGUGUUUUAAGAUAUAAUUUAUAAUUAUAAUUUUAGUGAACGUGAAGUGUGGAAAAUAUUAAUUUUAUAUUAGAAUUAGCAUUAUCAUAUCGAAUACGAUGAAGACAAGUGAAGCGACGCAGCUCACAGCAUUCUUAUAGACGUUGUUUUAUAUUUUUAGUUAUUUUGUUCAUAUGGUAUUUCUUUUAAUGUAUCUUUUAAGUAGGAACAUAAAGAAGAAUUACGCAUCGUGGCAAAGGGAACUGUUAUCCUUAUAUUAUAUACUUUAUACGAGGCACAUCGUAGAACAGGAAAAUGCCAGCGAUUUUAGGUGGCGCACCUCCCCAACGCAACGAACAAAUGUGGCAAGGAUUAAAGGCGCAUAUCAUGAGAGAGCGUCAACGAAAAAAGGAAGAACAAGAAGCCGAUGCGGAGGAGGAGCGUUUACGCAAGGAGAGAGAACGCCAACAGAAGCAAGACGUGAUGACGCUGGGAGAAACGCGAGAACAGAUCGCCACUCUGGAGAACGAACUCUGCCAAUUAAAGGAAGAGAAGCACCAAUUAUUCUUGCAGUUGAAGAAAGUGUUGAAUGAGGACGAUAGAAGACGACAGCUUAUAAAAGAAACCAGCGUUUGUUCCGAGGUUCUCGCAACAGUGGGGGGAUACCCGGCGACGAGUCCGAGAGUGAUGCAUUCUCAAUUGUUUUUACCAAUGCAGCGAAGCAGCAGUCCUCUCUACAAAGUCGCGGUUGGCACACCUACGCACUUGAUACCGAGUGUAAGCCCAAGCUUCUACCAUCUCGAUGGUACCAUGAAAAGGUCUCACAGCCCGUCGCCGCCGCCCGCUGCGUCUCCAUAUCAUAGCGCGUACGGCUACAAACCGCCGCCAUCCAUUCCGAAUUACAAUCCGCCACCUCCCAAAUCCGAGGAAGCUGCUAGGAGGUCCGGUGAUUCUCGAGCAGUCCUCUGGAACAAGAACAAUCAGUACUCCGCAUCGAGCUUCUACUCGGCGCCUGCAGCCCAGAAUGUCUACAGUUAUUCCGCACCCGUGUCGCAACCAUCCCGAGAACCCUCAGAGUCGGCUAAACCCGUUUAUCUUUCUGGAGGCAGGGCACCAUUGGCUACACACGCUGGUAACACGCACUCGUAUGUAACUAAUUUGCAUACAAUGGAACACAAGGGCACUUACGGCGAGGAUAAAUUUUACUUACGACCGACGAAUCACGUCACUGUUCACGGUGGAGCCAUACCGAUUCAACAACAACCUCAGGGUGCGAAAACUGGCGGAAUUACUUCGGGUUACCCUGUACGUGCCCCGCAACCACCACCUGGUCCAUACCCGCCGCCACCACCGCCCUCUCCUGGCACUUACGUCAGCGGUGCAGGUGCCAAUGUACCUGGCAGGCUAUUGUACACGCAGCCUGGCGCUCGCUACCUCCAGCGAGAAAUCUAAAAUCGUUCUCUUGUUCAACGAAAGCUUUUGUCUUUAAUCCGCUUUCACUUAAUGCAAAGUUGCGCAAAUCACGAGGGCGUUUUUCGUAAUUACUUCAGCACACAUGGAGAUGAUUAACAAUUAUGACUUAAUUGUUAUGCAUUAAGGACAACUGCUUCGAUUUUAUGAGAACGACAAGUACUUCAAUUUUAUGGUGACCGAGGAGUAAAAUAUACUCAGUAUGAGUAACGGCGGAUUAAAAUCACAAAUUAUGCAAUGUAAUCUAAUUCUGUAACUUGAUAAAACACAAAGGGUUGAAGAGAAAGAGGUUGAAAGGGGAUGAGAUAUACAUAUACAUCUAUAUGUGUAUAUAAAAUGAUUUAAAUAAUAAAAGUAAGUACUCUUUCUCUGUAUAACGCUGUAUAUGUUUGAAAUACAUGUACCUACACUUAUCUAUAUUCAUAUAUCUGUAAAUUAUUUCGAAAACACAAAA